GUUUCCCUCCUGCCUCUCUUUCUUCCGCUAGUGAAACAUUCUUAGCGUGGAAUUUGGAGCGUACAUAUGUAAGGGAAACUUUCUUUGUGACUAUGCUGCAGCAUGUUUCUGAUGACGUAACAUGUCCGCAAGCAUGACCAUAACAUACCAAUAGGAACUGAACCAUCUUAGUCUAAUGACAAUUAAUAUAAUGUGAGGCUCCUAGAAAAAUGUUUUCAGCAAACACAUUCUGAAGCCCUACUUUUCGAAAGAAAUGUUUUUUCCUGACCCCCCAAAAUAAAUUAAGGAUCUACUAUGCUGGAAAGACCGUUACUUCAGCGAAUAUACUACUUGAGAUCGCAAUGCCCAAAGAUCAGUCCUAUUUGUUGUGGGCAUGGACUUCAAGUGCGGAGCGUCAGUUCAAGUAAGGGAGGUGCCGAAGAAAAUGGCUUUAAAAAGAAAGGUAACUUGAAUUUUCCAGAAAAGACUGUCACUGUAUAUAGUUGUGAAAACAUUUACGAUAAAUGGAAGAAGGAACGGACCUUUUAUCGUAUUCCUAAAAGCGGCAUCUACGCUACAAUGCGCUACAUCGAUACCUUGGAACAAACCGAAAAGACUAAAGGUAAACGCCAAAAGACGGUUUUGAUCAUUCAUGGAAUUCCUGGUAAUUAUGGAAUCUUUAGUUCCCUCAUCAAAGCUCUAAGUGAUAAUGGAGUAAGAGUUGUUGUGCCAACUUUUCCUCAAACUUUAUUUUUGCCUGGAAAAUACCAAAAAGAACUGUUUCGACAUUCUCUUGAAGAAAAGACUCAAGUUUUCAAAGAUUUUUUAAAAGCAGCCAAAGUUUCUGAAGUAGAUUGCAUAAUUUCUCACAGUAGUGGUAUUUAUCCAGCUUUACAGCUGAUGAAAGACCCUGACAUAAAAGGGAAAUGCCAAGUCUUCUUUAAUACUGGUGGACACAAGCCAACAGUAACCAUGAGACCUUAUUGGGCUAUACGAACAAUCAUCUAUUUAUAUUUAAAUUCUUUCACUAGGAUAUUUAUACAGAAAACGGGACGAUUUCUUAUGAAACACAUUUUACGAACUCCAAUAAGGAAUGACGACGUUGAUGGAAUUGCUCUACUUGGAGUCACAAUGGUUUUUUCUAAGUUCUGGAAGACUAAAGAUAUUUUUGAUGAAAUAGCCAAGAAAGAAAUACCUACUCUGUACAUUUUUAGUGAGGAUGACAAAGUUGUGGAAAAAGAAUUGACUUACCAAAUUUUAUCGUUGCUGGGGGCAUCCAAAGAAAAUGUGAACUUUUAUGAUGAGAUGGGAAAGUUGCAGAAGAAGGGUAAAGAUUUGCCAUGGUUGAAAUUACUUUCAUUUAAAGAAGGAUCUCAUUACGUAUUCCGAAAACACCCUGAAGUGUGCAAUGAGGAGGUGCUUCAGUUACUACAAAAAAUUAAACUUAUCAAUGAAAAUUCCUCAGAAAUUAAAAGCUAAUGUAAAUAUAUAUAGACAAAAAAAUGUAUUAUUUACCAAAAUAUAUUUAUUUUUAUUAAUUUUA